AUGAAGAAUAGGCAGGAGCUUCCAAAACCCCCUUCACCAGAAAGAACGGUUAAUGUCAUAAGUGGAGGAGAAGAGAUAAAUGGCGUAACAUAUACGACAGCAAAGAAAGUAUCAAAAAUAACAGUUACACAUGGGAAGCGAGUCCGACAAGUUUUGGAAGAAGAUAGUAGUUCCGAGAAUAUCAUUCUGUUAAGAGUGGUAAACGAGAUGCAAGCUGAUGAUAAGCUGGUACCCAAGGCACACACCUUGUCUGGUUUUGACAGCUCGAGCAUCGUAACAAAAGGGGAGAUAAUACUCACCACAUUCGCAGAAGGAGUGGUCAAAGAUACGAAAAAUCAGGUAGUAGAAAUGGAUAUGGCCUACAAUAUGAUUCUCGGCAGACCGUGGAUUCAUGAAAUGGUCGCUGUUCUAUCUACCUUACAUCAAGUUAUCAAAUUUCCAUCACAAUGGGGGAUACGACAAAUCUGUGGUGACCAACAAGCUUCACGAAGCAUUAAUUCCGUGGUAGACUCAAAUGCAGAAAGUGACGAAAAAUAG